CAUCAUCUAUAACAAGUUCGAAUCUUACACCGAAACUGGUUUUUCCCACUCUCUUUCCUUCCCAUUUUCUUCCAUCCCAACAUGUCCCUCUUCCUCCUCUUCCUCCUCUCUCUCCUCUCCCUCUCUCUCUCUUCACCAACUGAACGUGACCUUCUCCUCCAAAUCAAAGCCUCCUUGGACCCUGACAACCGCUUCUUGUCUUCCUGGACGCCUUACUCCGACCCCUGUAGCACUGGUUCAUUCGAUGGGGUCGCAUGCAACGGACAAGGCCGCGUCGUCAACAUUUCGCUGCAAGGGAAAGGUCUCUCCGGUCAGAUACCGCCGGCUCUUGGUGGACUCAAGAGCUUGACCGGUUUGUACCUGCAUUUCAACGCGUUGAGUGGGGAGAUACCCAAGGAGAUCGUUUCUCUGAGUCAACUCACCGAUUUGUAUCUCAAUGUCAAUAACUUGUCCGGAAAGAUUCCUCUUCAUAUUGGCAACUUGAAUAAUCUUCAAGUUCUUCAGCUGUGUUACAAUAGGUUGACUGGGGGUUUACCAACACAGUUAGGAUCUCUACAUAAGCUUUCUGUUCUUGCUUUGCAAGAUAAUCGACUCACUGGUGCAAUCCCUGCAAGUUUGGGGGAUUUGGGGAUGUUAACGAGGCUGGACUUGAGCUUUAAUAAACUUUUCGGUUCGGUACCAGUGAAGUUAGCCAAUGCUCCAAUGCUCAAAGUGUUGGACAUCCGCAACAACACCUUAUCUGGCAAUGUCCCACCAGUUUUGAAGAGGCUGCAUGCUGGGUUCCAAUAUGAAAACAAUCUUGGCUUGUGUGGUGUUGGGUUUCCUAACUUGAAAGAUUGUGCGGAUUCGAGUAAGAUAUAUAGAAGCAGACCUGAACCAUUCAAACCCAAUGGCCUUAACCAAAAGAAUAUCCCGGAGUCUGCUGAUUUACCAACUGAAUGCAGCAAAGCUAACUGCUCGAGUCCAUCCGGUAGAGCAAAAAUGGGUGUGGUCUCCGGCAUUGUUGGUGUUGCUCUUGUGUUGACAGUUGCAGCACUUUUUACUUUCGCAUGGUACCGUAGGAGAAAACAGAAAAUCGGGAGUGCUUUCGAUAGUUCAGAUAGUCGGCUUAGCACGGACCAGGUCAAGGAGGUUAACAGGAGAAGUGCCUCGCCCCUAAUUAGUUUAGAGUAUUCUAAUGGUUGGGAUCCUUUAGACAAAGGUAGGAGUGGGAAUGGGUUUUCCCAGGAAGUUUUUGAGAGCUUUAUGUUCAAUUUAGAGGAAGUAGAGCGUGCGACACAGUGUUUCUCGGAAACGAAUUUGUUGGGGAAGAGUAAUUUCUCAACCAUCUAUAAGGGCUCCUUAAGAGAUAGUUCUGCUGUUGUAGUAAAAUGCAUUGCCAAGACAAGCUGCAAGUCCGAUGAAUCUGAGUUUCUGCAAGGUCUCAAGAUAUUGACUUCAUUGAAACACGAAAAUCUAGUGAGGUUGAGAGGCUUUUGUUGUUCAAAGGGCAGGGGUGAGUGUUUUCUCAUCUAUGAUUAUGUCCCAAAUGGAAAUCUGUUGCAGUAUCUUGAUGUAAAGCAGGGAAAUGGAAAGGUUCUUGAAUGGUCCACUAGGAUUUCCAUCAUAUAUGGCAUUGCCAAAGGUAUUAGGUAUUUACAUGAAAACAGAGGAAGCAAACAGGCUCUCGUUCACCAGAAUUUAUCUGCAGAGAAAGUGCUUAUAGACAACCGAUCCAAUCCCUUGCUCUCGGAUUCCGGCCUGCACAAACUCGUUGCAGACGAUAUUGUCUUCUCUACUCUCAAGGCUAGUGCUGCAAUGGGAUACCUCGCUCCGGAGUACACUACAACUGGCCGUUUCACUGAAAAAAGCGACGUGUAUGCAUUUGGUAUGAUUGUAUUGCAGAUACUAAGUGGAAAGCGAAAAAUCACCCAACAGAUCCGCCACGCUGCUGAGACGUCAAAAGUUCAAGAUCUUAUGGACAUGAAUCUUGAAGGAAAGUACUCAGAUUCUGAAGCCACUAGACUUGGUAGAAUUGCACUUCUUUGCAUCCAUGAAUCUCCUUACCACAGGCCAUCCAUUGACAAUGUGAUACAAGAAUUGAGUGCAUUAAUGAGCAGUUGUUGAAGUUCUUUAGAGUUAUUACCUCAACUUUCAAGUGACCCAAGGCAGGAAUUAGGCUAUUACUAACCUCUGGUUGAUGCCAUAACUUAAGCACUAGUUUUGGUGAUCUCAUCUAACAGCUUUGUCGUUUACUAAGGAUUUGGAGCUCUGUCAGUGUAUCUAUGUUUCAAGUAUUGUAUCAUUUCGUUGCAAUUGAUGUAAAAGAACCAAAGGUAGAUGAACCUGCCUGCCUUUCAAAUGAAUCAAUUUGAAUGAAACAAGGCUGUUUUCUGUACUAA